GCUCGAGCUGGCGGGCGGCACAGGCAGGCAGCAGCCGCGGCAGGCGCACGGGCCGCGUCAAGGGAGCCUGGGGCAGCAGGAUUCUAAGAAGAGGGGCGAGAGGGGGCCGGGCUGGGUGGGCUAGGGGUACCGCGCUCUCCCAACAGCACGGGUCCUUUUUGGAAAUUAAUAUUAAAAGAAAAAAAAAAGACAGAGGGGAAGGUGGGAGCAAGAGAGAAGGCAAGACACACACAGAGAGAGCGAGAGACACAGAUCCCCACAGUGAGAGGAAGAAAGGCCACAGUCGCAGGCAGCCGAUGUGAAGACUGGACUCCUUGCGCCCCUCGCCGCCUCUGCCCGGCCACAUCGAUGUUGCAGCCCGCUCGCCCGCAUCACGAUGAACGCACAGCUGACCAUGGAGGCGAUCGGCGAGCUGCACGGGGUGAGCCAUGAGCCGGUGCCCGCCCCUGCUGACCUGCUGGGCGGCAGCCCUCACGCGCGCAGCUCCGUGGGACACCGCGGCAGCCACCUGCCUCCCGCGCACCCGCGUUCCAUGGGCAUGGCGUCCCUGCUGGACGGCGGCAGCGGAGGCAGCGAUUACCACCACCACCACCGCGCCCCUGAGCACAGCUUGGCUGGCCCCCUGCACCCCACCAUGACCAUGGCCUGUGAAACUCCCCCAGGUAUGAGCAUGCCCACCACCUACACUACCUUAACCCCUCUGCAGCCGCUGCCGCCCAUCUCCACCGUGUCCGACAAGUUCCCUCACCAUCAUCACCACCACCAUCACCACCACCACCCACACCACCACCAGCGCCUGGCGGGCAACGUGAGCGGUAGUUUCACACUUAUGCGGGAUGAGCGCGGGCUGGCCUCUAUGAAUAACCUCUAUACCCCCUACCACAAGGACGUGGCUGGCAUGGGCCAGAGCCUCUCGCCCCUCUCUGGCUCCGGUCUGGGCAGCAUUCACAACUCCCAGCAAGGACUUCCCCACUAUGCUCAUCCCGGCGCGGCUAUGCCCACCGACAAGAUGCUCACCCCAAAUGGCUUUGAAGCCCACCACCCUGCCAUGCUCGGUCGCCACGGGGAGCAGCACCUCACGCCCACCUCGGCCGGCAUGGUACCCAUCAACGGCCUUCCUCCGCACCAUCCUCAUGCCCACCUGAAUGCCCAGGGCCACGGACAGCUCCUGGGCACAGCCCGAGAGCCCAACCCUUCGGUGACCGGCGCGCAGGUCAGCAAUGGAAGUAAUUCAGGGCAGAUGGAAGAGAUCAAUACCAAAGAGGUGGCGCAGCGUAUCACCACCGAGCUCAAACGUUACAGCAUCCCACAGGCCAUCUUCGCGCAGAGGGUGCUCUGCCGUUCCCAGGGGACCCUUUCGGACCUGCUGCGAAACCCCAAGCCCUGGAGCAAACUCAAGUCGGGUCGGGAGACCUUCCGGAGGAUGUGGAAGUGGCUGCAGGAGCCGGAGUUCCAGCGCAUGUCGGCGCUCCGCUUAGCAGCCUGCAAACGGAAAGAGCAAGAACACGGGAAGGACAGAGGCAACACCCCCAAAAAGCCCAGGCUGGUCUUCACAGACGUCCAACGUCGAACUCUACAUGCAAUAUUCAAGGAAAAUAAGCGUCCGUCCAAAGAAUUACAAAUCACCAUCUCCCAGCAGCUGGGGUUGGAGCUGAGCACUGUCAGCAACUUCUUCAUGAAUGCCAGGAGGAGGAGUCUGGACAAGUGGCAGGACGAGGGCGGCUCCAACUCAGGCAGUUCAUCGUCCUCAUCGAGCACUUGUACCAAAGCAUGAGGGAGGAAGAACCACGGACUAGUACCUCGGUGGAAAAGCUUUAAAUUAAA